AUGCAGGUUAUGAAAUUCAGCGGCCGCUAUGUCCACCUCGAAAACGGUGAAGAGAAGAAGUGGUUUGACUGGGAGAAUUUUCACAAGGCGAUCAACGACUAUAAGGGCGACGACCUCACCUUCGACAAGUUCAAGAGCAACAAGAUCAACCAGCAGACUGCGACCGUGUCUACCAUGGUCGACAAAAUCGUGACCUUCCUGCGGGACGCGCUGAGUGUAGUGCUCUCUGCUAAAGAUAUCACCGCCCUGACUGCCAGCAUCACGACUACGUUCACGAACCUCAAGGAGGCGAAGGACAACGGCUGGGCGGACUUCUCCAAGUCCAGCUCCGCGGAGAACUCUUCCUGGGAGUACCGCGUGCUGUUCGCCUUCCCGAACCCGGAUCUGCCCGACUUCUUCUACAGCUUGGUGACGACCAUCAAGCUCGAGGCGGACAUCAAGGAGGAGUCGAGCUGGUGGGGGUUGCAGAGCAGCACCUCAAAGAACUUCUCCAGCGCGAUUGACGCCAUGGAGCUAGUCGUCAUGAAGGGAUUCAGGGAUCCGUCGAACAACUGA